AUGACUGUCCACAACGUUGAGAAUGUUUCUGCCAUGUCGAUUUGGCAUAUGCAUCUCCAAAGCAGAGCUGCCUGUGUCACCACCGCCAUCACCGCCGUGCCCGGCAGCUCUACCCGUAUCGCCCGCGAUGAUGGCAGACAAGACAGAGACAACCAAGCAUCAUCUUGCCUCGACUUCAAACAAUCCCACAAACUCGGCGUGCAUUUGCUAACUCUCACUCCGCGACACAGCGUCCAGCAGUUCAAGGACAUCCUCAAGGCCAACCCUGUUGUCCUUGUCGACUUCUUCGCCACGUGGUGCGCUCCCUGCAAGGCCAUCGCCCCCAAGCUCGCCGAGUGGUCCAACCAGUUCCCCAACAUCUACUACGUCAAGGUCGACGUCGACGCCAUCCCCGACCUGGCCCAGGAGUACGGCGUCCGCGCCAUGCCCACCUUCAUGCUCUUCAAGAACGGCGAGAAGGACGCCGACCUGAUGGGUGCCAUGCCUGGUCCUCUGCAGAAGCUCAUCACCGACAACCACCCUGCUGAGGCAGCCACCUCGGCUUGA